GUCAAUCUAGACUGAGCGCGAGACCCCCGCGCUAAAAUCAGUCGGCGCGUGAUCACUGAAGAGGUUUCUGUCAGCGUUCUCUCAGACUUAAAGAAUGAAGUGUGUGGAGGACCAGACUUUGGAGGAUGAAGCAGGGUUACAGGAAGAUGAGGAAUCUUUUUUUCAAGAUAUAGAACUCUUACAGAAGCAUGGCAUUAACAUGGCUGACAUUAAGAAACUGAAGUCUGUGGGGAUUUGUACUGUGAAAGGAAUCCAGAUGACCACACGUCGUGCUCUCUGUAAUGUAAAGGGACUCUCAGAGGCUAAAGUGGACAAAAUAAAAGAAGCAGCUGGAAAGUUGCUGGUAUGUGGAUUUCAAACAGCUUCUGAUUACAGUCUGAAAAGGAAACAAGUCUUCCACAUCACAACUGGAAGUUUGGAGUUUAAUAAACUCCUUGGUGGAGGUGUGGAGAGUAUGGCCAUUACUGAAGCUUUUGGUGAGUUCAGAACUGGAAAGACUCAACUCUCGCAUACACUGUGUGUUACUGCUCAGCUUCCUGGUGAAUAUGGAUACACGGGAGGAAAGGUCAUCUUUAUUGAUUCAGAGAACACCUUUCGCCCGGAGAGGUUGAAAGACAUAGCUGACCGAUUUAAUGUGGAUCAUGAAGCUGUGUUGGAUAAUGUGCUGUAUGCACGUGCAUAUACAAGUGAGCAUCAGAUGGAGUUAUUAGAUUUUGUCGCAGCCAAGUUUCAUGAGGAGGGAGGUGUCUUCAAGCUUCUGAUAAUAGAUUCCAUCAUGGCUCUAUUCCGGGUGGACUUCUCGGGAAGAGGUGAGCUGGCUGAGAGACAACAGAAGCUUGCACAAAUGCUCUCUAGACUGCAGAAGAUCUCCGAAGAGUACAAUGUUGCAGUGUUUGUAACCAAUCAGAUGACUGCAGAUCCAGGAGCUGGAAUGACAUUUCAAGCAGAUCCAAAAAAGCCUAUUGGAGGACACAUACUGGCACAUGCAUCCACCACACGCAUCAGUUUAAGGAAAGGACGUGCUGAACUGAGAAUUGCCAAGAUAUUCGAUAGCCCAGACAUGCCAGAAAAUGAGGCUACCUUUGCCAUAACUGGAGGAGGAAUAACAGACGCCAAAGACUAAGCAUCUACACAGAAAAGCAAAUGUUACCUAAAUGUCUGAAAAUUUCUCCCAUUAAUGUUGCAGUUAUUGCAUAUAACAUUUGUUUUGUUUUAUUCGAAUGUUCACCUUCUUCCUGUUUAUCUAUAUAUUUUAUCUGUUUUUUUAAACGUAAUUUUAAAUUAAAUAAAUACAUUUAAAUAAAAAGUGCUUUAAAACAUG